AUGUUUUUCAGCAAACGUUUAGUUUGUUUUUACUGUGGACGAAAGUCAAAUCUUACAUGGAAUUCUCAAAUCUCAUAUUUUGAAUGUGAAACCUGUGAAGCCACCAAUUAUUUGGAUAGCAAUGGCAAUAUUACAGAUCCACCAUCGGCCGUCACUGGAUCAAACUUGAAUUUUCAGGAUACCCAAGCAAACACCACUGAAUCAUCUAUAUUCUGCGAACGAUGCUUGCGGAAUCAACAAUACCACUACGAUGUCAUGAGGCAGCUCGAUGUCGAGCUUGACCCUGAACAUCCAAAUUACCAGGCUUCUGAAGAGAAGAUCCGUGUUAUUAAGAAAGACCUAGACAAGCGUUAUCCAAUGGUUUGCGAAAAUUGCGCACCAAAGGCUCAGGAACAACGUGAUAGAGCAGAUAAAUUCGCAAAAUCUGACUGGCUUGGAAGGUUGAACGCUCUCAGCGAACGAAUCAGAAGCCAAAAGACAUGGAAGGAUACCUUUCAAAAUGUCAUAUAUCAAACCCUCCUUUACCCAACUGUCUCAAAAAUCUGGUACCUCGUUGUUAUCGGACAGGUUCUUGCUCUUGUUCUAGGCCUCUUUAAUGUUACAGAUAUUUUGACCAAGACCUUGAACUUGAUCCCCUUUUUACCGGACAACCUAAUAUUGAAUAUCAUCUCUUUUUUGGCAUCCAAGAGAUGCUUUGGAUGGAGUAUAUUUCACAACUUUUUGUCAUGCGGCAUGAACCCAUUCUUUUCACGAUGGUAUCCAAGAGGAAAUCCUAAACGUAUCGUUGGCUUCCUCGACUGGUAUGGAUACCAAGUCCUCUUGCAACUGGUCUUGCGAGUCAUUUUAAGCUCCACGUUCGAAAACGGACUUUUCGCACACCUUUCAUCCCACACAACGAUGAUAGCCAAUAUUUGCACCGUCUUUUUCAACUUUCUCAUUGCAUACGGAUCACGUUUCUAUCUUGGUCCUAAAAAAAUUGCGCUCUGGAAAUCAACCCCAGGCCCAAUAUACACACCAUCGGCAUUCCAGACCUCAGAAAAAUCUGGCAAUGCACUGUCAGAUGUUCUUGAUGAAAUAAUGGCCUCAACACCAAAAGGCCAUCAUCAAACACCCUCACCACCAACACACCACUCUCAACAAAGCAGCCAGUACAAUCAAGAACAGUCAUAUCAACAUGAUCGUCAAAGCCACACAUCUGGUUUUCGCGAAAAGGCUUCCGCAAAUACCUAUGCUCGAAACUACAAUCAACGCCAUGAAAUUCCAAGACAAGCGGAUCUUCUUCUGAAGACUACCACCUCUGGCUUGAAUCCCGUCGAAUUCAAUCAUUACCUAGCAACUGGUGAGUUGCCAGAUUGGAAAUUGCAAGAAGGCGAGGAGAUGGAUUGGGACCCUACCGUUACUCGUGUAAACCAUGACUUGAAUAUUCGUCAUCGUGCUCUGGACACGAAAUCCAAUUAUGAGACCCCCUUACAACAAUUCGGUCAAUCACCAUCCUCUUCGCAAUCUCUCGCUCCAUUUAACGGCCCUUCUCCAUUUUAUGGCAAACUGCCAGCGGCUCCAAUCAGUCCGGCUCAUCGACUUCGCAAUCCACCAAACAGGCCAAGGCUUGAAGCGCCAUCUGCCCAGAGAAAGGAGAAUUUCUUCAACAGCAUGACUCAAAAGCAGGCUUUUGGCCAGACGAACAACAAUCGCCAUGAGAUUCAGAUUGCAAAUCCAAAACUUCACGUCCCAGAACCUAAAGCUUACCAAUUGGAUGAUGGUUUUGAGGAGGCUUUUGGUAAAUUUUCGCUCAAGGAAAAUGAGGAUUUGCCCACUCAAGAAUUCGGAAAAUUGAGCUUUGGGAAGGCUUUAGGGUUAAGCUUAUUGCUCGGUGGAUUGGCAGUGGGCGCAGGAGCUUACUAUAACUCCAAUUCUUCAUCGCAAGACGAGGUUUCCUCGUCACUUGAAUCAAUGUCAAUUGAAAACACCUCCACUAUGUAG